GUGCUGGGGCUGUGCUGGGGCCGGGGGUGAUGGUCAGGGACUGAUUCUCCUCUUCACUGUUUCAGUAUUUUAAGAAACAGCAGCGACUGAUCCCUGAGCGGACAAUAUGGAAAUACUUUGUGCAGCUUUGCUGUGGUGUGGAGCACAUGCACUCCCGCAGAGUAAUGCACAGAGAUAUCAAACCGGCGAAUGUGUUUAUCACAGCGACCGGGGCUGUGAAGUUGGGAGACUUGGGGCUCGGCCGCUUCUUCAGCUCCAACACAACAGCCGCUCAUUCACUCGUGGGAACUCCGUAUUACAUGUCACCAGAGAGGAUCCACGAGAACGGCUACAACUUCAAAUCAGACAUCUGGUCCCUCGGCUGUCUGCUGUACGAGACCUAA